CAAACACAAUGAUCAGAAAGCAUGAAUUCGGACGCUCUUCUGGCUCGUCGCCUGCUGCAAAGCGUCAAAAGAUAGCGGUUGCGUGUGACGCUUGCAGAAUACGCAAGAUCCGGUGUGAUGGCAAGGAACCAGUGUGCACUCAAUGCGUAAGCGGAAGGAAACUGCAUACCUGCACUUACGGGCGGAAGCCACCCGAGGUUCAACGAGAAAAUCUACAGGACCUAGAGAGUAGUCUCGUACAAGACGACACACUGCGAAGCACGAGGGAGAGUGCGGAUGCUAUGUCUACAGCUCAAACCAGACUGAAUGGCAUAGCUGCGGCGUAUACUGGUCCUUCACGUCCAAAUAUAGCUUCGGACAAGCCUCAGAAUGUGGUCUUUGGCGAAUCCCCAUCCACGACAUUCUCGAAUCGACUGUCUCGUCAUCCAGAACAUCCUCAGCAAGGCUUCAAUUUCAUCGAGACGAACAGAGUACCCUUCAAACUUGGCGGCUCUGCUGAGAAAGCAGGGGUGUUGCCUCGUCGUCGUAUUGCAGAUGAGAUAGUCGACGAUUACUGGAAAUUUGUGCAUCCUCUAUUUCCGAUACUACAUCGACCCACAUUCAUGGCUGCAUACGAAAAGUCAUGGAUGUCGCAGCCAAGCCAGGGUACAAAAGCAGAUGAAGGCCGACGAGAGUUCGAGGAGGCUCUGUUCUUCUCGACUCUGAAUAUCAUGUUCGCGCUUGGAACCCGAUUCUGCGACAGCGUAGCAGCAGCGGACAAGAGCGAUAUGGUAAAAGAGUUCUACAACAGGUCAAGGCAGGUCUUUACGUUCGAUGUCCUCGAUCAUACUUUCAUGCCGGUCUUGCAAAUGGUGCUGCUUCAGGGUGUUUACCUACAGUCCACUACCGAGGUCUCGAGAUGUUGGAAUGUGAUUGGCGUCGCCAUUCGAAUGGCUCAAAGCCUAGGGUUACACUCGGAAAAAACAUAUCAACGUCAGAAGACACAAUAUACUCGUGAGAUGGGAAGGAGGCUCUGGCACUCUUGCCUUGUUCUGGAUAGACUCGCUGCUGCUACCUUUGGAUGGCCCAUGAUGAUCCAAGGCCAAAAUAGUAUACCCCUUCCUGUACUCGAUGACAAUGCCAUGAGUCUACAGGGCGAAGUAUUUGUCCCAGUGACACCGACCUCGGCCAUCCAAACUUUCAGAUACACCUGCAAGUUGUUCGGUAUCGUUGAAGAUGUAGUAUCAACACUUUAUCAUAACAAUGGAUCACUACUGCCGGCGAGUGUGGACCGGUGUCAGCAUUCUCAGAUCUUAUUACAGGUCAUGGGCUUAAAUGGUCGACUGGAAGCAUAUCUAAUCUCGUUACCAAUCUUGAUUCGCGACUUCAUCGACGGAUGUGAGCAUACCAAUCCAGAUGGUGCUUGGAAACCUUUGCUUGCUACCCAGCAUGCCAUUUCCUGCAGAUUCCUUUAUACACGAAUACUUCUUCUGCGCCCAGCACUACGGACACCUCUGGAUAAGUCAGACUUGACUGAAGAAGGGGAUGAGCAAAUAACCAUGCAUGCUAUUAACAUUUGUGUCAAGGCUAGCCAUCGUCUCCUGGAUAUAUUGUACACCAGUGUUGACUCUUCGUUAUACAUAGCCGAUUGGCAUGUUGUUUACAUGACAUUCACCGCUGCGACAUCUCUACUAGCCAUCAAGAAAUCUGCCUCGAUGCCAUUAUUUGAGCUACACGAGCCGCUCGUCGACUCGUUGCUGAGGGUCUCACGCCACAUCCUUCAAAACAUGAGCCAGCGAGUACUCGUUUCGGUUCGAGCCGUCCGCUUCUUGAACACCUUGGAGAACCAAAUCGCCCUACAGAAUGCUCGACCUCAACGUAUUGCGGAAGCGACCGUAGUGCCCAGUGUAGAACAAGACCUUGACGACCAUCCACUAGAGAGCUUUGGGGAUCUGGAUGAUUUCGAUUGGUUGGUGAACCCGAGUGCAUUGCUUAGUAGGCAAAGCCCUGGAUUGGAUAUGAGUUGGCUGGAGGGAGCAGACUCCUGGUUGAGC